AUGUCGAGUCCUCAACGUGAGAUGCCCGAGUGCUGGGGCCAUCGUGGAGCUUCCGCCGAAUUCCCUGAAAAUACCUUGCGUUCGUUUGCACAGGCCAUCAAGGAUGGGUCGGAAGGUAUUGAGAGCGAUGUCCACAUCACGGCCGACGACGUGAUUGUAAUGUUCCACGACACCACGUUGGAUCGUACGACAAACAGCACGGGCCUGAUUAGUGCGCGACAGUACUAUGGCAAGGAUGGCUUGGAGCAUGUGCAUACACUCAAGGAGCCUCCGCAGCAGAUUCCUACCUUUGAGCAGCUCUGUUCCCUUCUUAUGCAGCCGAGCAAUAGGCAUGUGAAGCUGAACAUUGACAUCAAGCCCAACAACGAUCCAGAGCGUCUGUUCAGCAUCAUGAACAAGGUGGUAAGCAAGUUCCCCCACUACGAGACAGAGCUGGCACCGCGUCUGAUCCUUGGUCUCUGGCACCCCAAAUUCAUUGCCCCUGCGAAGCAAUAUGUGCCAUCGCUGCGCCGCGCUCACAUUGGUGCCUCACCUGCAGAUGCACUCAAGUACUUCUGGAAGGAUUGCGAUGCAUUUUCCAUCCAUUUUGCCUCCUUGGUCAACCGUGAAGGGCAGGACUUCAUCCAGCGUGCUCACAAAGAAAACAAAGAUGUUAUGGUGUGGACCGUCAACCGCAAAGACGAGAUGGUCAGCGCCACCAGCUGGGGCGUUUCAGCGAUCCUGACAGACUACACGGCUGAUCUUCAGAACCUGCGAAAGGAAAUGAAAGCCGACUUUGACUCCACGUACAAAAAGUACGUGAGCCCCAUGUUCGGCUGGGGUACGGGGCGCUAUUACACCCCGUACAACCAGAUGUACAAGUACUACUGUCGGUCCGAGGUCGAACAACACGCUGGUCUAUGA